CGGAAGAUGGAGGACGAAUUGGAGGAGCUGGAAGACUUAGUGCACGUGACGGUCGGGGAUCUGCCCAGCCGUGGUUAUGGGGUGAUGGAGGAGAUCCGGCGGCAGGGCAAGCUGUGUGAUGUCACUCUCAGGGUGGGGGAGCAUAAAUUCAGUGCCCAUCGCAUUGUACUGGCAGCUUCUAUCCCGUAUUUCCAUGCCAUGUUCACCAACGACAUGGUGGAGUGCAAGCAGGACGAGAUAGUCAUGCAGGGAAUGGACGCAAGUGCCCUGGAAGCUCUGAUUAACUUUGCUUAUAACGGGCACCUCGCCAUCGAUCAGCAGAACGUUCAGUCUUUACUGAUGGGCGCCAGCUUCCUGCAGCUACAGAACAUCAAGGACUCCUGCUGCUCGUUCCUAAAAGAGAGGCUGCACCCAAAAAACUGCUUAGGGGUCCGCCAGUUUGCAGAGACCAUGAUGUGUGCGGUGCUGUACGACGCUUCCAACCGCUUCCUCCACGAGCACUUUGUGGAGGUCUCCAUGUCUGAGGAGUUCCUGGCGUUGGCUUUUGAGGAGGUGCUGGAGCUGGUCUCCAGGGAUGAGCUGAAUGUGAAAGCUGAGGAGCAGGUGUUUGAGGCAGCUCUGGCCUGGGUGCGGUAUGACCGGGAGAAGAGAGAAGUUUUCGUACCUGAGCUACUGUCCAAAAUCCGCCUGCCCCUCUGCCGACCGCAGUUCCUGACGGAUAGAGUUCAGCAAGAUGACUUGAUUCGCUGCUGUCAUAAAUGCCGGGAUCUAGUGGAUGAAGCAAAGGAUUAUCACCUGAUGCCUGAGCGACGCCCCCACCUCCUUGCAUUUAAAACCCGCCCGCGCUGCUGCACCUCUAUUGCCGGGCUCAUCUAUGCAGUGGGGGGGCUGAAUUCAGCAGCAAAUUUUUACGCAGGCGACUCCUUGAAUGUGGUGGAAGUCUUCGACCCCAUCGCCAACCGCUGGGAGAAAUGUCAGCCAAUGACGACUGCUCGGAGCCGCGUGGGUGUGGCUGUUGUGAAUGGACUCCUCUACGCCAUUGGUGGAUACGACGGCCAGUCAAGGCUGAGCACUGUGGAGGUUUAUAACCCUGAAACUGACACUUGGACCAAAGUUGGAAGCAUGAACAGCAAGAGAAGCGCUAUGGGCACUGUGGUGUUGGAUGGUCAGAUUUACGUGUGCGGAGGAUAUGAUGGCAACUGCUCUCUGAACUCCGUGGAGGCUUAUUCUCCUGAAACUGACAAAUGGACGGUAGUGACGCCAAUGAGCUCCAAUCGCAGUGCAGCUGGAGUAACGGUAUUUGAAGGUCGAAUAUAUGUUUCUGGAGGACACGAUGGGCUGCAGAUCUUUAAUACGGUGGAAUAUUACAACCCCCACACAGUGACGUGGCACCCAGUAUCGAGUAUGUUGAACAAGCGCUGUCGUCAUGGCGCCGCCUCCCUGGGCAGUAAAAUGUACAUCUGUGGCGGAUACGAGGGUUCGGCGUUCCUGAGCGUGGCAGAAGUUUACAACUCCAUGGCGGAUCAGUGGUACCUCAUCACUAACAUGAGCACCCGGAGGAGUCGCGUUUCACUUGUAGCCAACUGUGGGCGUCUCUAUGCCGUGGGAGGCUACGACGGCCAGUCCAACUUGAACUCAGUGGAAAUGUACGACCCCGAGACCAACCGCUGGACUUUCAUGGCCCCCAUGGUGUGUCACGAAGGAGGGGUGGGGGUGGGCUGUAUACCGCUGCUCCCCAUAUAGCGGCAGGGGGGCUCCUAAGGACGCCAGAAGUCUGAGUGUGAGGGUAUAGAGCCUAUCCAUUAGUUUUAUAAAUGUGAAAAACCAACAAUAUAAGGUACAUCUUCAGGUGCUCAAGUCUCUGCUACUUCCCCUUUAAUAACCCCCCCCAGACAAUCUGCCCUUCCCCCGGGGUAAGAAUGUAUUUAUUAUUAGGGGAUUCUUCUAUGAUAUGAACCAAUAGAAUUCCACACACCCAGGGGGCUGAGCGGCACAUGAUUUAUGGUGGCCAAUUCCAAAGCUCUUGUAUCAACAACCAACAACCAACAAUGGCUAAUGCACCAAAAUGUGUGUCCCUGGCAUAAACUGCCACAAUAACCUGGCACAGAGCUGACAAUUCAA